GAAUAAAUUGUAUAAUUGUUGUAUAAACUAUAGUGACAAAUUCAAAUCAGGCUUAAAUAACAAAUCAUUAAUUAGGCUGUUAAGGGAUUAAAUCAACAUUCGAAAAAGAUGGCAAGUCGAAUGCUAGCAGCAAAAUUUCUCCAACCUACCUCUGCUCCAGCUAUGCUUCUACGUGCAGCUAGCACUGGCGCAAUGAACCCUCAUCUUGCUGAGAAAUUAGAAAAGGUCGGUAAUCGUGAUGUCGUUGGUUUCGGAUGGAACGGUGAGCCAGUCUAUUACGACAGACCAGAUUUCCCAAUGCCAGCUGUUCGUUUCAAGGAAAACACUCCAGACGUUCUUGCUCUCCGCACAAAGGAAAAAGAAGACUGGAAGAAGCUUUCAGUUCAAGAAAAGAAAGCCCUCUACCGUGCAACAUUCUGUCAGACAUUCGCUGAGAUGAAAUAUCCAACAGGCGAAUGGAAAAUGCACGUCGGAAACACAUUAAUUGUAGCUGGAUUGGCUAUCUUCAUCUCAUUAUGGAUGGCUACAUUCAUCUACGACGCAGAACCAGAGACAUUCGAUGAAGCCCAUCGCAAGGCUCAACUUAAACGUAUGCUUACUUUAGAAGUCAAUCCAAUCCAUGGAGUUUCCUCACAAUGGGACUACGAAAACAAGAAGUGGAAGAAGUAAAUUUAUUCUGUCAGGCAUUAAAAGUGACGAUAGCGUCCGACUUUUCCUAAAUCUUAAAAAAAUAGAAGUUAUUAUUUUUUGUGAAAGUUCUUGUGGAAAAAUCAGGAACAAAAUGUAAAAUUGAACGAAAAAAAAUUAAAAUCAGAACACAAAAUCGUUGAAUAAAGCAAAAAAUCCAAUGGUAAAU